AUGAAACAAAUUUAUUCCAAUAUUCAAUGGAUUCAUUCAAUUUAUAAUAAUAAAUCAUUAAUUAAAAAUGAUUCAAAUUUAACCAAUCAUUAUUCAAGAUCUUAUCAUCAUUUAUCAUUAAUCAAUAUCAAUAAUUCAUUCAAUACAAUUCAAUCAUUAGAUACAAAUUUAAAUUUUAAUUGGGAAUCUAAUUUAAAUCGUAUUACAACAGAUUGGGCUGAAAAACGUUUAAUUAAAGAUUUAUUAUAUGAUUAUGAAAAACAAUCUAGACCAGUUGUAGAUGGUUUAACACCAAGAGUUUAUGUAACACCAAUACAAAUUACACAACAAAUUACUGUAGAAUUUGGUUUAGAAUUAUUACAAAUAUUAGAUUUAGAUGAAAUGGAUCAAAUUUUAACAACAAGUGUUCGUUCAUUAUAUAAAUGGAUAGAUCACAAUUUAAUAUGGAAUCCAAAUGAAUACGGUGGUAUCGAUUCAGUGACUAUACCUGUGGAAUACUUGUGGAUACCCGACAUUUCACUUUAUAAUUAUGCAGAUGAAAGACUCAAUGAAAGAAGACCAUGUGAUGCAAGGAUUUUUUCUGAUGGAAGUGUACUUUGGAAUCCAAUGGGUAUAUUUAAAAGUACAUGUUCUGUUGAUAUUAAAUAUUUUCCAUUUGAUCGACAAAAAUGUGUUCUGAAAUUUGGACCGUGGAGCUAUGACGGAUUUCGUGUUAAUAUUUCAUUUUAUGAUGGUGAAAGAAAUUUUCGUCUACUUAAUUAUAUUACUAAUCCUGAAUGGAAUUUAUUAAAUUCAAGUGCUGUAUUCACAGAAAUCUCUUAUCCUUGUUGUCCAGAAAAAUAUCCUGAUAUAACAUUUCAUGUAUGGAUUAAAAGAAAAUCUGCAUUUUAUACAUAUAUCUUAAUAAUACCAAGUAUUUUAUUAUCAUCGCUUACAUCAGUAAUUUUUUGGCUUCCACCACAUUCACCGGCAAAAAUUGUUUUAGCAAUGAAUGUAUUUGUUGCGUUUCUUCUACUUCAUCUCUUAUUGGAAGAUACAACUCCAGCAGCUGCAAGUAACUUCCCACUACUUGGCGCAUAUUAUUGUUUCAAUAUGGGUGUUAUUACAGUUUCAAUGUUUUUAUGCUGUAUAACAGUUAAUAUACAUUUUCGAACAGCUGAAACUGAACAACCGUCUAAAUGGUUAAGAAAAUUCACUUCAUUGAUGGGACGAAUACUUUUUAUUAACAUCGAUGCACUUGAAUUAGUUGAAACAAACGACAAUUUAGAAAUGAAUUUAUGUUUACAUCGAUCAGCACAAAAAUCUGUUAAAAUAUCAUCUCAUGUAAGUAAUUCUAGUAAACAAUUCAAUAAUUCCAAUAUUUAUCCACAUCGUAGUUUAAAUGACUUAACUGAAAUCGUUUCAUCAUCUGUAUCAAAAUCUUCUAGUUCAACAUCAUCAGCAUCAUCAUCAUCAUCAUCAACUUACGAUUACCUACACAAUGAUACACUUCAAAAUGAUUUUAGAAAUUCUAGUCAACAAUGUCCACAUUGUACAGUUGAAUUAAACACUACAAAAUUAUAUCCACUUCAUUAUGAAUCAGUGAAUAGUAAAACUAAUAACAAUAAUAUAAACAAACCUCAUGAUUCAUUUAAACUUCCAGUUUGUUCAUGUCAUUAUUUUAAACAAAUAUCUUCUCCAUUAUGUUAUUUAAGUACUAAUGAUAUAUCAAAUGAUCAAAAUAAUAUGCAUAAUAAUAUAUUAUCGAAUACAGAAUUAUCUAAUUCAAAUUAUUCAUUACCAAUAAAUACAUAUUCAAAUGAUCAAAUGAUUCGAUUCGAUUAUUUAAAUGAGUAUCCUAUUGAAAAUAUAAAUGAUUUAAACAAAUGGAAUAAUGAACAUUAUUAUCCUCAUUUAAAUCAAACACCAUUUAAAUUUAAACAUAAUAAUAAUAAUAAUAAUAAUAAUAAUAAUACAAAAAUACAGAAAUGUUCAAAAUCACUUUAUUGGAAUAAAUUUUUUAAAAAAAAUAAACAAAAUCAAAUUUUAUUUAAAUCGAAUUCCAAAUUAAAAAAUUAUUAUCCAAUUAAUUUUAAUUUAAUUUCAAUAAAUAAUAAACAAAAAAAUUAUCAAUCAUUAAAAUAUAUUAAAAAUGAUAUUGAUUAUAUAACAAAAGCUGCUAGACAAUUAUUAAUUGAAUUAAAACAACGUGAAUUUAAACAAAAAAUUAUUGAACAAUGGAAAAUAGUUGGUAUUGUAUUAGAUAGAAUAUUUUUUAUUUUAUAUUUUAUUACAAUUUUAUUAUCAGCUUUAUUAUUUCAUCCAACAUUAAUUGAUGAUUAUAAUGAUGAUUAA